AGUUUUAGGACGACCCCCGUAUUUUGGUAAAUCGAAAUCGAUGCGUUUUCCCAACGUUUUAUCGGCUGAAAAUUUGUUAAUUUUUAUAAAAACUACUAAAAUUUAACGUUUCAAUCUCGUCGAUUUCGGAAAUCGAAGUUGCAAAGUACAAUCUGCGCUAUGAGUGCGAGUGAUCAAAGUGAAGAUGGCCAGUUAAUCAGCCCGGACAGAUUCAGUGGAGGUGAAGAGGAAACGGCUGAUUCGCUGGACAUCAAACCGCCCCAAUCUUCUGCAGGGCGGUAUUACUACAGUUCGUCGAAACGAAGAGAAAAGAAAUCAAAACAUUCUCGCGACCAUCAUCGACAUCACCCUUCGUCAUCAUCCGGAAGUGGAAGUCGCCACUAUAGCACGUCUACUGCCGAAACCGGUUCAUCCUCUAGGCGUCCGGCAGGGGACUAUGCUGGAAGUAGCAGUAGUGGUGCAAGAGCUGCUACCAGCACCAGUGCCAGUGGGGAACGAAGUAGGGAUCGCGAAAAUCGGUACAACAAAGAAUCGCAACAUCGCAGUGGAAGAGGAGACCGUGCAGGAGGUCAAGCUCAAGAAAAGGAACGUUAUCAUGGACAUCACUCUUCGAGAGAUGGCCGCUAUGAGAUGAAUCCGUUCUAUGGAGAAAUGCGUGAGACCUAUCAAAGCAAGAAAGAACGGGAACGCGAAUAUUACGAAAAAGAUCGAGAGCGAAGGAAAGACGUUGAAAAAGAUGAUCCAGAUAAACUCUUGGAGGACCUGAGAACACGCUUAUUGAAUAAAAAGAAUAAAUAUGAUUCGAGUAAACAGCAGCAGCAGACAACAGAUGAACAUGCCAGCGAGAAUCGGAAGGAAAAACAUCACUAUCAUCAUCGACAUCGGGAACGAAAAGAGGUCACGGAAGUUACCGAAACUGUAGAAGUGGUUGAAAGUCCCGAAUUCGAGGAAGAUAACCCUUCGAAAAAGAUUGUAGCCGAAGUUAAGAGCAAAGAACACGAUGAAAGAAGAGCUAAACUUCUGGAAGCAGAAAGAGAGAUGGCUCGACGAAAGGAAGCUGCACGAGAUGAACUUGAAAUCAGGCGACAAAUCCGGAAGGAACAGAAGAAAAAUUCGUCUGUCUCAUCUGACUCCCCUGUUGAGAAAAAGAGCAAGCUUCUGCUAGAGGAGGACGAUGAUGAAGAUAUGGAAAGUGUAGAAGGCAACAAAAAGAAAAAGAAGAAGAAAUCCAAGAAGCGAGCUGAUUCCGAUCAUUCAGACAAAGAUGAUGCAACGGACGAUGAUGAAGACGAGACUAAUUCGGAUACUUCUUCAUCAACCAGCGGUUCGGAAGAUUCAAGAGAAGGGACGGAUGAUGAUGAAAAGGCUCCAGAAAGCCCACUGUCGGUUGGAGAUUUGGAAAAAUCUGACCGAGAUCGCCGCAGUCCAAGAUCACGUUCGAGAUCGAUAUCACGUUAUCGUAAUCGAAAUCGAUCACGUUCUCAGUCACGAUCAACUCGUUCGCGUUCCGGUUCGCUGUCUAGCCGUAGUCGUUCGAGAAGUCCUCGUAGACGUCACGGAAGCAGUCGAAGUGAUUCACCUCGAUCUGAUCGGGAGUCCGAUGAUAAUCGUAAGAGUAACACGCGUGAGAAAGAUGAGCCAAAAUCGCCUGUAAUGCAAAUUGAAGAAGAGGAACUCCCUCCCUAUUUGCCAGGGAUUCAAGGCUGCCGAUCGGUGGAGGAGUUCCAAUGUCUCAAUCGAAUUGAGGAAGGCACCUAUGGAGUGGUCUACAGAGCAAAAGAUAAACGUACUGAAGAGAUUGUUGCUCUUAAACGUUUGAAGAUGGAAAAAGAAAAGGAAGGAUUCCCGAUAACUUCGUUGAGAGAAAUCAAUACUCUUCUAAAGGGACAACAUCCAAACAUUGUAACUGUGCGGGAAAUUGUUGUUGGCAGUAACAUGGAUAAAAUAUUUAUCGUCAUGGAUUACGUUGAGCAUGACUUGAAAUCUCUGAUGGAAACGAUGAAGCACAAAAAACAAGUUUUCCUUCCGGGUGAGGUAAAAUGUCUUACACAGCAGCUGUUGCGAGCUGUAGCUCAUCUGCACGACAAUUGGAUAUUGCAUCGCGAUCUGAAAACAUCCAACCUGCUACUUUCUCACAAAGGCAUUCUCAAAGUGGGAGAUUUCGGACUGGCACGUGAAUACGGUUCUCCAUUGAAAGCUUACACUUCGAUUGUGGUCACUUUGUGGUACCGUGCUCCUGAAUUACUGCUUUGUUGUAAAGAAUACUCCACCCCAAUCGAUAUCUGGUCAGUGGGGUGUAUUUUCGCAGAGUUUCUUGCGAUGAGCGCUCUGUUUCCCGGUAAAACUGAACUUGAUCAAUUGAAUCGCAUUUUUAAAGAGUUGGGCACACCAAACGAGAAAAUAUGGCCUGGCUAUAAUCAGCUUCCGGCUGUCCAGAAGAUGACCUUCACUGAAUAUCCGGUAUCCAAUUUGCGCAAACGGUUUGCCCAUCAAACUAGUGAGCUGGGAAUAUCGCUUCUGCAGGGCUUACUGACCUUUGAUCCCAAGCAACGACUCACGGCCGAAGUUGCGCUCAAGCACAGCUACUUCAAGGAACUUCCUUUGCCCAUUGAUCCCGCUAUGUUCCCCACCUGGCCGGCCAAGAGUGAACUCGGAUUGAAGAAAGCUCUGGCUUCCAGUCCUAAGCCACCGAGUGGUGGAGGAGAAUUCAAGAAAUUGGGGGACGACGCAGUUGCUGAGAACGCUGGAUUCCACCUUGGCGGAACUUAUGCUGAAUCAAGACAGAUGGCUAUGGGACCGGGCUUCAGUUUAAAGUUUUGAUAAAGCUGGAAAGAAGGUAAGAAUCUUUCGGGCUGAAAAUAUCUAAUUCCUUGAAAUGUUUCCAAUGACGAUGCGGUCAUUCGGUGCACCUACAUUUUCGAUUAAAAUAUAAAGUAAGCGAA